CUCUUCUCCCCGCGCUCGCGUGCGGGACGGUGCUGGCGGGAGCCCGGCGGCAGCUGGAGGUGACGCCGGGAACAUUACGCCUGUGGCAGGGCCGGGGCCCAGCGGAUCGCUGCGCGCUGCGCAGAGCUGCAGGAGCGCCCUGCUUGCUGUCGCCUAGCCCAGCCUGUUCCUGCGCCCGACUGGCCGAGGACCCCGGACAGCAGAGGCCCCGGGACGACCAAGCUGAUGGCGUCUUCGACCCCUUCUUCGUCCGCAACCUCCUCGAAUGCGGGAGCGGACCCCAAUACUACCAACCUGCGCCCCACAACGUAUGACACCUGGUGCGGCGUGGCCCAUGGAUGCACCAGAAAACUGGGGCUCAAGAUCUGCGGCUUCUUGCAGAGGACCAACAGCCUGGAAGAGAAGAGCCGGCUUGUGAGCGCCUUCAAGGAGAGGCAGUCCUCCAAGAACCUGCUUUCCUGUGAAAACAGUGACAGGGAUGGCCGUUUCCGGCGCACAGAGACCGACUUCUCCAACCUGUUUGCUCGAGAUCUGCUUCCGGCAAAGAAUGGGGAGGAGCAAACUGUGCAGUUCCUGCUGGAAGUGGUAGACAUACUCCUCAACUAUGUCCGCAAGACAUUUGAUCGCUCCACCAAGGUGCUGGACUUCCAUCACCCACACCAGCUGCUGGAAGGCAUGGAGGGCUUCAACUUGGAGCUGUCAGACCACCCCGAGUCCCUGGAGCAGAUCUUGGUUGACUGCAGAGACACCCUGAAGUAUGGGGUCCGUACAGGUCAUCCUCGAUUUUUCAACCAGCUCUCUACUGGAUUGGAUAUCAUUGGUUUAGCUGGAGAAUGGCUGACAUCAACUGCCAAUACCAAUAUGUUUACAUAUGAAAUUGCACCUGUAUUUGUCCUCAUGGAACAAAUAACACUUAAGAAGAUGAGAGAGAUAGUUGGAUGGUCAAGUAAAGACGGUGAUGGGAUAUUUUCUCCUGGGGGAGCCAUCUCCAACAUGUACAGCAUCAUGGCUGCUCGCUACAAGUUCUUCCCAGAAGUUAAGACAAAGGGCAUGGCGGCCGUUCCCAAACUGGUCCUCUUCACCUCAGAACAUAGUCAUUAUUCCAUAAAGAAGGCUGGAGCUGCACUUGGCUUUGGAACUGACAAUGUGAUUUUGAUAAAGUGCAAUGAAAGGGGGAAGAUAAUUCCAGGUGAUUUAGAGGCAAAAAUUCUUGAUGCGAAGCAAAAGGGACUUGUUCCUCUCUAUGUCAAUGCAACUGCUGGUACGACGGUGUAUGGAGCUUUUGAUCCAAUACAGGAGAUUGCAGAUAUAUGUGAGAAAUAUAACCUAUGGCUACAUGUCGAUGCUGCCUGGGGUGGCGGGCUGCUCAUGUCCAGGAAGCACCGCCACAAACUCAGUGGCAUAGAAAGGGCCAACUCAGUCACCUGGAACCCUCACAAGAUGAUGGGCGUGCUGUUGCAGUGCUCUGCCAUUCUUGUCAAGGAAAAGGGUAUACUCCAAGGAUGCAACCAGAUGUGUGCCGGAUACCUUUUCCAGCCGGACAAGCAGUAUGAUGUCUCCUAUGACACUGGGGACAAGGCAAUCCAGUGUGGCCGCCACGUGGACAUUUUCAAGUUCUGGCUGAUGUGGAAAGCAAAGGGUACAGUGGGAUUUGAAAAUCAGAUCAACAAAUGCUUGGAACUGGCUGAAUACCUCUAUGCCAAGAUUAAAAACAGAGAAGAAUUUGAGAUGGUUUUUGAUGGGGAGCCUGAGCAUACAAAUGUCUGUUUCUGGUAUAUUCCACAAAGCCUCAGGGGCAUUCCGGAUAGCCCUGAACGACGGGAAAAACUACACAGGGUGGCCCCCAAAAUCAAAGCGCUGAUGAUGGAGUCUGGCACGACCAUGGUUGGCUACCAGCCUCAGGGGGACAAGGCCAACUUUUUCCGGAUGGUCAUCUCAAACCCAGCCGCUACGCAGUCUGAUAUUGACUUCCUCAUUGAGGAGAUAGAAAGACUGGGCCAGGAUCUGUAAUUGCCCUCCACAGAUCAUGAGUUUAUGGGAAUUCCUUUUCCUUCUGGCACUCUAGAACAACCUCUGUAAAUGGCUAAACCACAUAGGCUAUCUCAUUGAGGGGAAAUAUAAUAUCUCAAAGAAUACUGUUUAAACCUUACUUAAGCUUGUUAUAGUUAGUAGGAAAUAAUGUUCUUUUUAAAAAGUUGCCCAUUAGGAACACAGUAUAUAUGUACAGUUAUAUAUACCUCUCUCUCUAUAUGCGUAUGUUGUAUCAUCGUGAGUGUGGCUUGGUGAUAGAUCACAGCAUGUCUCUCACUCCAAGAGAAUUAACUUUACCUUCAGCAGUUACUGAGGGGCCAAACAUGCUGCAAACCAGCUUGCCCAACAAUCCCAGGAAAGAUGUUUUUCAAGAUGUUGUGUCAUAGGGACCAAGGGACAUACUGUUGGCAAGAGUUGACCUCGUUGUCAAUGUUUCUCCUACCUGAAGUGAUGACGGAUGAAACAAAGUACCACUAGAUGACAAGAGUCACACCCUCUCCAUUAGUAUCCUGUUAGGGGAAAAUUGUAGCGGAGUCAUUGUUACAGGUGUGCUGUUGUUGUAUUUGGGGGGACUAAUUUGUGUAGAUUGUGUAUAUUUCUGUUGUCUGACCUUUGUGGGGUAGGGGAAGAACACAUGUAAUGA